AUGGCUGCGGAUCUCUGGUGGGUGGGCGUGCUCGUGGCUGGCGUCGUCGUGGGCGUCUCCGUCGUGUCGUUCGUGGUGACCAAGCUGCGUGCCCCCGGCUUCAAAGUGGAGGGCAAGCACGUGUUCAUCACUGGCGGCAGCUCCGGCCUGGGUCUGUCGCUGGCCAAGAAGUACGCGCAGCAGGGGGCCAAGGUGUCCAUUGUGGCACGCGGCCUGGAGAAGCUCGAGGAGUCCAAGGCGGAGAUCGAAGGCGUGCGCAAGAGCGCCGACGCCGGCGUCUUCAUCCAGUCGUGCGAUGUGGCCGACUUCGACAGCGUGCAGAAGGCGGUGGACGCGGCCAACAAGUUCCACGGACGCCCCACGGACCACGUGGUGUGCUCGGCGGGUUUCGCGGCGCCCGGCUACUUCCUGGAGCAGGACGUGAGUCUCUACAAGAAGAUCAUGGACGUCAACUACUUCGGCACGCUGCACACCAUCAAGGCGGCGCUGCCGGUCAUGGUGCAGCGCUCGGAGGAGGGAGGAGAAGGCGGCCAGAUUGUGCUGGUGAGCUCUGGCCUCGGCCUCAUCUCGUGGAUCGGCUACGCGCAGUACGCGGCCCCCAAGUACGCGCUGCGUGGCCUGGCCGAGUCGUUGCGCAACGAGCUCAAGCUCUUCGGCAUUCGAGUGAGCAUCUUCUACCCGGGCAACAUCGACUCGCCUGGAUUCGUGGAGGAGAACCGCACCAAGCCCCCUGAGACCAAGACGAUCGAAGGUGCGAGCGAGCCGCUGCACCCCGACAAAGUGGCGCAGUCACUGAUCAACGGCAUAAGCGCCGGCCAGUUCAGCAUCACCAACGACCCUAUGAUCUUCAUCCUGCGUGUCCUGGCCAACGGCGUCGCGCCGCGCUACAACACGCUGAUGGAGGUGGUGAUGCUUCCGCUGCUCAUUCCCAUCCAGGUGGGAUUCGGCUUCUUCAUGGACUUCAUCGUGUGGCAGACCAAGCGUGCUCGCGAGAAGAAGCCCAAGGACCAGUAAAGGUAGCUCUCGGACGAUGAUGGGAGAGAUAACCACGAAAAAUGGAGAUUUCUGAAGUACGCG